GUGAAUCAAGAAGAGAUAUAUACAUGGCUCCAUACAUUGACGGGUCCCAUUGGCAGUUAAUGAUAAUCAUUCCUAAGGAAUACACCGUAGUGUGGUUUUGUUCACUACAUCGAAAACCAAGCCACGAAAUUAAAUUCCAAUUACAAGGAAUCGUGUCUGAAGCUAAUAUUUUAAGUGGAAGAGCUAGAUCAAAGAUAUUGCAAUUCAUAUACCUUAAGUGUAAUAAGCAACAAGACUCGUUUGAAUGUGACUAUUACAUCAUGUAUUGGAUAAGUGCUAUAGUUUCUGCGGGUAUUACUAAUUCUUGGGGGCAGGUCAGGGUUAGGUUGGAGCUGGUUGUUGUGACCGACGCGCGAGAUGUGGAGUUUUAUUCUAGUGUCAAAGUUACCAUCUUGGGUAACUGUUUGAUUGUACUUGACCGGCACUAA